AUGGAGAGAAAGAGAGUCAUACUAAUAUCUGUCUUAUUGUUCAUGAGUGUGGUGGUUGCAGAAGAGGCUGGUGCUGGUGAUGCCAUUAAACCUAUAGAAGAUGCUGCAACAAGUGAUGCUGCAGAAGAUGCUGGAACUGAUGAAACCGCUNAUNUUGCUAAAGACGUUGGUNUNAGCUUGGCAAUUAAUCAAAUACUUAAUGGACAAACUCAAGGGUACGAGUCUCCGAGGUUCAAGAGGUUUGUGACACAUUGCAGCUCACAUGUUGCUGAAACAUGCAGUGGAAACAGUCCAAUGCAUCAUGGCGGUGGUGGAACCAAUGGCCAAUNAGGGUUAUCUCAAUGCCUUUUUGAUUCCAUGGAAGCAUGCUUGGUAGACCACAACGCCCCACUUUAUGAAACAACUUCUUCCGAUAAACCUAAACAGUCAAUUCAAUAUUUGCCAGUGCUCGUUGAGACUGUAAAGUUUAAAACAGUCUUGAGAACCUGCUCUUAUGUCACUGCACAAAGUUGUUUGAGUGGUUCUAACGUUGAUGCAUCCGCCUUAUCAGCUUGUCUUCUACCAUCUUUGAAUUGGUGUGUGUACCCUAUGCAACCACCACCAUCACCACCGACGUCGACAUCGACAUGUAUCACUUCUUUAUUCUCUUAAAGUCUAUUUUUUAAGAAAAUUAUAUAUGAUUUAAGG